AGUCAGCACGUCAGCCAGCAAACAAACAUACAGAGCAAACACGAGACCUUUAAAACCGAAACGAAAGCUAUUUUGGCAAACAAAGCAGCAAUGGCGAAACCAUUCAACUCGUCACACAUUCAGUUCGGGGGUCAAGUGUUCAACGAAACACUUCUGCAAGAAUUCAAUUAUGGAAUAUACUCUAAUGGCACUCUCUCAAACAGCUCCCGUUGCUACCUCGUCUUCGAUACCUAUAGGCCCUGGAUAGCAUCGAACGGUAGUGUGUUUAAUGGAACCAAGUGCGACUCUCCCAUCAACCCCAUUGCCACCCGGGGGGCCCUAGGGAUCACCUUCGCGGUGCUCUACGCGGUGGUGAUCGUCUUUGUCUGCGUCCACCUCCGCAAGCACGGUGCUACGCACCUACCACUAGAGAAACGGUUCCGGCUGGUGUCGAGGCGGUGGCAGUGGUACUGGCUGAUGAUUACGUGCGCUUGUGGAAUGAUGAGUGGAUUCACAGCUAUUGAUAUCGAUAGGGAUUACCUCAUGGGCACGCCGUUCAUCCUGUCUGUGUUGUUUUAUUGGGUUAUGGUCCCAACAACUCUUGCGGCCGUUUGGGAGACAACAAGGCAUUGGGGGUCGUUCCUAGAACGACAGAUCAUGGAGAGUAGCCCUUUUAAGCUUUCGCAGGAGGAUAGACGAUCUAAGAUCGAGUUUUAUGUUCCAUUAGUAUUCUACUUGUUUGCAUUUCUCACAUUCUUUCUCUCAAUCCUCCGCUCCUGGAACCCCAUCCGCAAAGGCUUCAAGUCCGCCAUAACAGACCCCCGCUUUCGCACCUCCGCAGUUUUCUCACUCAUCGCCCUCCUGGUGAUUGUGUUCUCAUUCUGCGUUAGCAUCCACUACUACAAGCCACUAUCCCACCGCAUCCCUGCCAAGAUCCCAAUCUGCAUCACCCUUGCCUUCGUCCGCGUUGCCUACGCUAUCGCGUGUUCCUGGGAGGCCGACAUAAACCCAUUGUCUAUACAUGCUUCCCCCGCUUACGUCUAUGCGCUGGGGUACCUGCCCAGUUUGGGCAUCAUGCUCACAAUGAUUGUGGCCGGUUAUAGGGAGAUGAACGAGGAUUUGUUUAUCAAGAAGUUGAAGGCGGAGAGGAUUAGGUUGGCGGAUGGGGAGAUUGAGAAGGGGAGGAGGGAGGAGUUGAAGAAGAAGGAGGAGGAGGGGUUAAAGAAGGUUGGGGAGUGAUUUUUCUGAUGGAGUACGGGGAAGAGUUGUAAUCUUUCGGGUGUCAGGUGGUUGGUUAGUCAGAGGAGCACCUUUAUCCGGAAUCUUUUUCCCCUUCGUUUUCGUUUAGCAUGACUCGGGAUAUUGUCGUUUUUCCCGUUCCCUCUUCCAAUUUCGACUAUAUAAAUAGGGACGCCGGCCUUUUUCCAUUUUUCCCUUUCAUUACCAAUCUAUCCAUCCAUUCCUUUCCUCCCUUCUUUCCUCCCUUCUUUAAAGCGGAAACGACACAACUUGUACGUCUACCAUCAUACCACACCAUACAAUACAAUACCACAAUCUAGCCUGGCAUAAUGGCUUCAUUCAUUUGUUCUCCACCAAAAAGCAACCGCACUCCUCUUCACUUUACUCCACUACACUUUACUUUACCAAAAACAAGGCACUUGUCUUAACAGAAUUGGCCAAGACAUGCCCCCCUCCGAAAAACCGGCAUCGGGAAGGGGGAGAAAGGUACAAACCCGGCCGAAGGGUUCAACCACCGCCACCGACGUCAUUGUAUGGCCAGCCGCCACCCGCACGCAGGCACGCACGCAGGCACGCAGGCACGCAGGCACGCAGGCACGCAGGCACGCAGGCACACACGCAAGUGACUAGGUGAUAGGAACUGGCCGAGGCACGAUUCGUACACACGAACAACGCAGGCCUGGUUAGUUGGGCUGGAAGGAGGGACAUGUGGAAUUACGUUUGUUAUUGUAUUUGCAGUGCGGCGCAGUGUGUUAAGUUAGGAAGCGGGGGUUGCAAUAAUAGUACUAUAGUAUACAAUA